AUGUUAGAUGUAUCCAAUAAUAUUGUUACAUCAAUCAAAGGUGUCGGAUUUAUUAAUUCUCAUGAAAUGACGAUAACUCAAAAACAACGUAGUAAUCAUCCAGAUAUACCAUGGAAUUCAAAUAAAAAUCUGCCGUCAGCUAAACCAAGCUCAGCAUGGUUUUUGACAGAUCAUCCAUGGCUGCGUGCCAUUCGUACAGAUAAUCAAUAUGGUUUAUUAUGCAUUGACUGUGCUGAAUUUGCAUCGGAUGAAGCGGCUAUUAAAAAGUCCCAAGGUGCAUUCAUUGUAAGACCAUACUGGAAGUUAAAGCAUAAAGGAUUGGAAGGGAUCCAGGAACAGAAAAAAAGCGAUUUACAUCGAACACGCACUGAUCGACGAAUUGCAUCAAAAAUUGUCUCGAUUAAUGGUAAUGUAGCAGGUCAAUUACAAUGUGUAAAUUUAGACAUUCAAACACGAAAAUAUCUUACUAUUCUUAUUCAAACUCUUUGGAAUAUUAUCAAGGAGGAAAUUGCACUAGUAAAAUUCAAAACGUUGAUACAAUUUCUUUAUCAUGUACAAUGUCCUGAUGUUGUCAAUUGGUUUAAAAUUUCAAAUGUAAAGGAACGAUAUUGGAGUUGGGAAGCAAUAGCUGAAUGGCUACAAAGUAUUGAUAAAUAUGUUCAUCAUUUGCAAACUCCUUCAAUUCGUAAAACUCGCUAUAUUAAUAUCAUUAUGGAUGAAACUCGUGAUAUAACGGCUAAUGAAAUGCUUUGUUUAUGUUUGCGAUAUGUAGAAGAAGAUAGUGGUAAUAUUCGAGAAGAAGUUUUUAUGUUCAAGCCAGUUAUAGAUGGAAGUGGACAAGGUGUAUUCAACAUUGCUCGAGAAUUUAUCGAACGUCUUCAGCAGGAAACAAACAAAGAACUGAUAAUUACAGCACAAACAUAUGAUGGAGCGUCUUCGAUGAGUUAUCAGGCACGAGGGCACGUUCGUAGUCGAUUAUCAACCUGGGCAAUAUAUAUUUAUUGUCGUUCACAUUUAUUAAAUUUAAGUGUUCAAGAUGCAAUUGAAAUUUAUAUGUAUGAUAUUUAUGAUACUGUUCAUUCAACUUUGGUUUUUCUACGCGACAGUUCUAUUCGUCUUCAAGUGUUAUCUGAAAGUCAAAAACUUAUCAACUGCAACAACAAAGGUGAUAUUUUUCUAUCCAUAGGUCACGAAUGA